AUUAAAAGACUUUUGUUUUUCUAAAUUAAAAAAAAAAAUGUCGUAUAAAUUUCGUGAUGUGUUUAAGGCGGUGGAUAAAACUUCUGUCCAUUGGUUUCCUGGACAUAUGGGAAAAGGAUUACGUCAAAUGCAGCAAAAAUUGAAAAUGGUCGAUUGUGUUAUCGAAGUGCAUGAUGCACGAAUCCCGUAUUCAGGUCGAAAUCCUGAUUUUAAAAACACCGUCACCGGCGUACGCCCUCAUAUUUUGGUAUUGAAUAAAAAAGACUUGGGUGACAAAUCAACAUAUCAAACAAUAGCCAAAGACAUUCAAACAAACGAAGGUAUCGAUCAUGUUCUGUUCACAAAUUGUAAGGAUCAACAAUGUCUUGGUAUCAAAAGUAUCGUACCAACGGCGAAACGUUUGAUUCAAGGUUCGAAUCGUUUUAAUCGUAGCGAACAACCCGAAUUCAAUCUUAUGAUUAUCGGUGUGCCAAAUGUGGGAAAAUCAUCGCUAACAAAUGUACUACGAAAUCGUCAUUUGAAUGCAAAAGGAGCGAGUCAAGUGGGUGCUAUUGCCGGUGUUACGCGUAGUGUUUUGACACGAAUUAAAAUUUCAAUAAGACCAUUGAUUUACAUGUAUGACACACCUGGUAUAUUAACGCCACACAUAAGAAAUUUAGAGCAUGGCAUGAAAUUGGCAAGCGUUUCUUGUAUGCAAGAUAAUCUUGUUGGUGAAAUUCAAAUUGCCGAUUAUAUUUUAUAUUGGCUAAAUAAAAAUGGAUUUUUCGAUUAUGUUCAACUUAUGAAUUUGAAAGAACCAACCGAUUCAAUUCAAGAAGUCCUACUGUCCGGUGCACUGAUGUUGAACAAAAGUAUGAAAUUCAAUCAUCCAGAUGGAACGACGAAACUUAGACCCGAUUUUGACUAUGCAGCUAGACAUUUUAUACGAGCUUUUCGCAGUGGAGAACUUGGAAAAUUCAAUUUAGACCAUGUCUAUUCAAAACGAAACGAUUUAUAGUGAAUAAGAAUAAAACAACGAGUUGUUUAUAGAUUUUUUCCUCUUGUUAAAUAAAUUUUGAAUUUUUAUUUUAUUAUUAGCAGUGAUGAUGACACAGUCGAUAAUAAAU